AUGUCUCAGCGCCUGGAACUCGAAAUUAAGGACAAACAACCUGCUGAAGUAAGUCUAUCGGUAGAGUUUAUUUGCCCAUUAGGUCAAAGAUUUAAAUCUCGAUGGAUGCAGUGCUACUGAAAUUGAGGGUAUCACUACUGAGUACACCAACCUCCAGAGGCUCAGUCUCGUGGGUGUUGGCUUAACUACACUAAAGGGCUUCCCGGCUCUUCCCCAACUCAUUAAGGUACUUCAUUUCUUCAGUCACUAACUUGUAGUUGGAUCUGUCGGAGAACCCGAUCGUAGAUGGCGUUGAAUCCCUGACCGAAUGUCCUAAGCUCGAGGUUCUCAACCUGUCUGGGAACAAACUGAAGACCGUAUCUGACCUGUCUCCCUUAGCCAACCUUGCCAAUUUGAAGUCCCUUGAACUUAACAACUGCGAGAUUGCUGCUAUCGAAGACUACCGCAAAGAAGUCUUCUCCAUCCUUCCGAAAUUGCAGUACUUAGAUGGUCUCGACCAGUAAGUCCUCCGUCUAGCGUAAUUUUGUCUUAGGAACGGCGAAGAUGAACCUGUUAUUGACGAUGCGUCGGAUGCCGUUCAUAAGCCACUCAAGGGUAGGUUGUCAUGUGACGCUUAAUGUCCUUCGGUAGAUGUGGCGCCCGAGAAAAAUGGGUCACACGUAGAAGAGGGUGAUGAGGAGGACGAUGAUGAAGAAGAUGACGAGGAGGAGGAAGAAGAGGUCGGGAUUUCUGCGCUGCAGGGUAGCAAAGAACUAGAGGAUGACGAAGAGGACUAUGUUCCAGGUGCGUGUUUCUGUCCUGACUCCUUUCCCACUGUUCUUUUGGGGAUUUUAACAGCCUCCUUGGACUGUAGGUGCUGAGGACGAAGACGUAGACGAUCUUGACGAUGAGGAUGAAGAAGAUGAAGACGACGAGGAGGAGGAUGACGAAGAAGUCGACGAAGAUGAGGUCGCCGACCUCUCGGGAUCUGGUGUGACAGGUCCCAGGCGAGCAGUUAAGCGGCCCGUUGGCGAGACUCAAGAGCCGGAGGAUGCCCCUAGCGCUAAGUGUAAGGCAACCGACGAAGCCGGCGAUCAUGCCGUGGAGGCUGUCAAUGGAUCCAAGGAUGAUGCAUAG